UGCCGUCUCAGGUCAAGUUGAACUUAAAGUAUGAUUCUAUAAACUUUUGAAUUCCGAUGCGACAAACACUCCUUCUUUCCCAAUCAUCCAUCGCCUGAAAACCCUAAUACCCUCGCCGGAGCAAAAAGAGAAAGAAAAGAAAUGGACCCCAAGGAGAAACAAGCGAUGUACCGCGACAUCGGUUUACAAAUCGUUAUGAUCCUUCUAUUGAUCUUAAUGUUUCUCGGUAUGCACGGUAUUCCACAGAAAUUACUCGCCAAACUCCGACUCCGAAACCGAACCGGCGUCAAAGCUAAGCGUCACUUCGUAAGAGGCGCUCAGCUUCUCGCACAAGCUAGAUCUUCCAAAAACAAAUCCAGAUCCGCUAUAAAUUCCCUCGCUAACGAAGCCCUAGCCGAAGCCGAACAAGCAAUCGCGCUUGAUCCUAAAGACGCCGCUUCUUAUCUUCUCAAAGCUAUGGUUCUCGAUCUUCAAGGUUUUCGAACUUCCGCGCUCGAAUCUCUUGACGCGGCGUUGUCUCCGCUUGCGGCUGGUUCUUUAGCCGAAGGUGAACGAGGUGACGCGCUUUAUAAGAGAGCCGAGUUGAAACUCGCGACGAGUGAACGCGGACGAGUUGACUCGGCGCUGAAGGAUUUGACUGAGUCGGUUAUUUUGAGUCCUAAGAACGCGAAAGCUUGGUCUGCGUUGGGAGAGUGCUAUGAAGGAAAGAAAAUGGAAGAGGAAGCUAAGAAGGCUUAUAAGGAGGCUCUUGAGUUGGAGCCACAUUUUUCUGUGCCGCUAGAAGCACUUAACAGUAAUAAUGGAACAAAAGUCGAAGAUCUGUCUUGAACUUCUUUUGGGGAAGAAUGUCUGUUGGAGGAGAGGUGUUUCAUUAGCUGUGUAACCACAUUUUAUCUCAAUGGUCAUGACUUUGGCAGGGUGGAAGGAGCAAAUGAGGUGGUGCUCAGUAAAGGCUCAAUCAGUAGUACAGUAACAUCAAAGCUCUUAUGAAAUGAAAUAAGAAUAAAGUCUGUACCCUAUUAUUGGUUUCUACUCAGUUCUCAUCAAUGUAUCCAUCACUGUGAGACAUGAAAUUGAGUACUGGAUUUUAAUUAUGUCAUUGUCAUUAGUAAAAGGAUUCCGAGUUUUAUUAUAGAGACUUAUUUCAUGAUUUGCUUGUUGAAUGCAAUUGGUACCUUUUAA